CGGUUUGGUGUCUCCUCAGAAAGGCUGAGUGGAGCGGCGGAGCCAACUGACCCCGGGCGAGGGAAAGGGGGCGUGUUCGCUUCUCGGCGUCGGUGGUGGUGGUCGUGGUCAGCGGCGCUGAGGAGCGGCUGUCGUGGCAAUGGAGAAGCUCCGGCGGGUGCUGAGCGGACAGGACGACGAGGAGCAAGGGCUGACGGCGCAGGUGCUUGAUACUUCAUCCCUUAGUUUUAGUACUCGCGUGAAAUGGUUCGCUAUAUGUUUUGCAAGUGGCAUCUGUUGUUCUAUUCUCGGGACAGCACUGCUCUGGCUCCCAGGUGGUGGCACAAAACUCUUUGCAGUAUUCUAUACCUUAGGAAAUAUUGCUGCAUUAGCCAGUACUUGCUUCUUGAUGGGUCCUGUAAAACAGCUGAAAAAGAUGUUUGAAGCAACAAGAAUUAUUGUGACAAUUGUUAUGCUGUUGUCCUUUAUUCUCACCCUAUGUGCUGUGUUCUGGUGGCAUAAGAAAGCACUAGCUCUGUUCUUCUGCAUUCUGCAAUUCUUGGCAAUGACCUGGUACAGUCUAUCAUACAUCCCUUAUGCAAGGGAUGCUGUGAUGAAAUGCUUCACAUCCUGCCUAGGUUAAAAUGAACAAGGAGGCACUUUUCAAUGGGUUUGGAAGCCAGCUUCAUUUCUCCAAGUUUACUCAAAUUGUUUCAGCUGCUGAAACAGUGACAUCCUUCUUCAACAAUGGAGAUUAAAUUGUUAGCAGAAUAAUCGUUUUAAAUAUAUAUACAAACACUUGUACAUCAGGAAAACCUUAUAUCCGUGCUUGUUCUUAAUAUGGGUUCUUACCUCACACAAUGUCCUUAAAACUGAUGGAUCAGGUUCUGCUAACAUUGUUUAAUCUCAAACUUAGAUGAUCUUUUGGUUUCAGGUAAAAUACAUGUAAAUACUUUUAUCUCAGUUUUGCUAUUUAUCUUUCCCAUUUGUGCAUUAUUUGUUCUAUGCUUCCCAAAGACAUUUAAAAUUAUUGCAAAAUUAAGUAUUUUACUAAAUGUAUAGCUAAUGGAGCUCUUCUGAAAUGUUUAAACAUGAGUAGUAUGGAAAGAAUGUGAAUGUACAAGAAGGCUGUUUGUAAACACAACUCUUUUAUGGUAGGCUUUUAUUUUAAAUGCCAACUUUUUAUACUGUGAUACUUAAAAUACACUUGACUAAAAGUGCUUUAUGAGUAAUAUAUUAAAUCAAUGAUUGCAAAAUAAAUAUAAUUAUUUUAA